AUGGAGGCAGUUCCGCGUAUGUGUAUGUUGGCUCUGGAAAUGAAAUUUAGCCCUGAGCCAACAGAAUUUGGGCCGAAAUUGAAACAGUACAUUAGAGAUGCCUAUAUGGAGGAUCCUGAUAGAUAUAAUGAAGAAAUCAAACAGCUAGAUCAACUGAGAACUAAUGCUACCAAUGCUACAAGAGAUUUCAAUGGUUGUAGCAUGUUACGGAAAUACUAUGGUCAGUUGCAUUUAUUACAGAGUCGUUUUCCGAUGGGUGAGGGUGGUACAGUUAUAGUACCCUUUACCUGGAUGGAUAUGUACUCUGAAGAUUACAUCACACUUUGUGAUAUACGAUAUGAACAGGCAGCCAUAUUGUAUAACUUAGGAGCUUUGCAUUCAAUUCUUGGUGCAUUUGACAAGAGAAAUUCCGAAGAGGGUAUGAAAGUGUCUUGUACACAUUUUCAGUGUGCAGCAGGAGCAUUCAGUUAUUUACGUGAUCAUUUUGGAAGUCAUCUGAGUCCUGACCUGGCCCAUGAUUUAUUGUCUAUGUAUAUUAGUGUUAUGCUGGGUCAGGCACAGGAAUGUCUAUUAGAGAAGUCAAUGCAGGAUAACAGAAAGAGUUCAUUAGUGGCCAGAAUAAGCCAACAAGUUGCCGAUUACUACACACAAGCUUUACGCAGCCUGGAUACCAGUUCUGUAUCAUCCAUAAUGGGAUCAAGAAAAUGUAAAGAAUGGAAAAAGAUGCUACAAACAAAAAAUGCCCAUUUUUCAAGUAUUUCAUUUAUGUAUAUGGGAAAUCAAGUUGGUGAACAGCAAAAAUUUGGUGAGAGAGUGACAUAUAUGCAAGCGUCAUUAGAUAAACACAAUGAAGCCAUGAAAUUAGCAAAGGGGCAACAUGAGACGAUUACAGAAGCAUUGAAGUUUUCAGUAGAUGUCAUCGGUGGCAAGUACAAUGCUGCAAAAAAGGACAAUGAUUUCGUUUACCAUGAAAGCGUUCCAACAUUAGACAAGAUGCCAGAAAUUAAAGGUGCAUCUUUAGUCAAGGCACUACCUUUCCAGCCAUAUGAUGAGAGCGUGGCUGGUCCCGAUAUCUUCAAAAAACUAGUCCCCAUGGAAGCUCACGAAGCUGCAUCAAUGUACAGUGAAGAGAAAGCUAAGAUGCUUAGACAGGUUGCCAUGGAGAUAGAUGAAAGGAAUGCACAAUUGGAUCAAUACCUAACAUCACUUCAACUAGACCAACUCAAGUUGCAAGGGAAAGAACCAGAAAGGUUACCACAAGUAUUACUAGAAAAGUGUGCAGCGAUAAGCGUCAAACCCGACUCGAUUAAAAAUCUAGUUGCCGUAAUGCAGGAGUUAUCCAACGUGGUGUUGGAUGUAGAUGAUGGUAUCACUCAGCUUAAUCAAAUUAUAGCUGAAGAAGAAAAGAGUGAAGAAGAAUUCCAGAAAGAUUUCGGUCAACGACCUACUCCAAUGAUUGUAACUGACAUUAAAAAAGAAUUGUCUCGCUAUGAGGAAGGUCACAUCAAAGCCAGCAGGUCUAAUGAAGAGUUGCGUAAAGCUAUGUUGGUGCAUAUUGGAAAUUUAAAGUUACUGGCCGGCCCUCUUGAUGAAUUACAAGCUGCGAUACCAUCACAGAGCUUUGUGGAAACUCCUGAAGACAAAAAAAUAGAAGAAACUUUACAAUUAUUAAUCAACAAAAUAGAAGAAAUGAAAAACCAAAGAAAGAUUUUAGAAAAGCAGUUGCGAGAACAACUCAAUAAAGAUGAUAUCACUGCAUUGCUUGUAACGAGAGAAGAUGCUAACAUGCAGGAAUUAUUUAAAGAGGAAAUGAAAAAACAUGAGACUGUAGUAUCCUACAUACAGCAGAACUUGAAUGCACAGGACAAUAUACUCAAAGCUGUGACAGAUAACGCAUUGUAUGCAAGUACAAGAAAAAUAUCUAGUGAGGUGGAACAAAAGAGAGAAGACAUGGUGCAGUCUCUGGUAACGUCUUAUGAUGCCUAUGACGACUUACUACAGAAAUCUGGCAAGGGGAUUGAAUUCUAUAAGAAACUAGAAGCUGGGGUUGCUAAGUUACUCCAAAGAACAAAAGGAGUCACUAAAGUUCAUGAAGAAGAAAGGCAACAUUUUUUGAGUAAAAUUCCAAAAAAAGCUCCACCCAGACCCAGUGCUCCAAAACCAGCAUCUGAACCAAGUCGUCCUGUGACUGGCAAACAACAAACCGGUCUAAAACUUUCUGAUCUUAUUGAUCCAUCAAUGCUUGGAAAAGGCAACAUACAAGCUGCUCUAGCUGACGGAUCAUUAUAUGCUAAAGGUGGUGUGGGAGAAUCAGUAGGAAUGUUACCAGGAAUCCAACAAGGGGGAUUGUAUUCCACAGAUUCCGGACAAUCAAUGGAUAGUCAAACUUUUCCACUUGGAGUUCCACCUCACUUCGUUGCUGGACAAUCUGCUGUACCUGGAAUGCCUAACCAGAUGAUACCUGCACCAGGAGCACAAGUUCCACCUUCUAGUGUUGGUCAGCCACUUCCAGGAGGCAUGCCAGGAGCACACAAGAUGCCAUCAUCCGGACAAAUACCAUCAUCAGCUGCACCUGGAUUCUCAUCUCAACAGGGAGUCCCCCCUCCAGUGUCCUAUGCUGCACCUUCUUCAAGAUAUCCUUCUGCAACUGCUCAUAGUGCUGUUGAGGUGCCUCACUCCCAAGGAGAAUCUCAACCAAGCAGUUUAGAUUCCAGUCCUCAACAUUUCCCAACACAUCAUCAGCAUUCAGUUCCCCAAGUUCCUGGUCAUAUUCCACAAAACUAUACUCCCAAUACAAGCUAUGCAAGGCAACAACCUUCUGAUCAAAACCUGUCAGGCUUCAGUUCUACUGUGACCUCUAAUCCGAAUCAAGUAGAGUUUUCCCAUCCAGCAGCAAAAGGGUUUCCUGCUGAGGUAUCAAGGUCCAGUACCCCACCUGUUCCUCAACAAGAGCCUCUGACCUCCAACCAGCCUGUUUAUUCAACCCAAAGUUAUUCAGCAAAUACUCCUGGUCAAACUAGCUACCCUCCUCAUCAAAAAUUUCCACAGGCUGCCAUGCCUCCUAAUUGUCCACCUGAUCAACGGAAUAUUCCUGCAAGUUCUACACAAGGGUUGCCGACCCAGAGUGCAUCAUUGCCUGGACACCCUGUGUUCAAUCAGCCAAUUGCUCCAGAUGCUGUGAGGUCUGGUACGCCACCUUUGACUUCACAGAAUAUAUAUCCAGGUAACCAGUCAAUUGGUGCCAAUAGCCAAUCAUCUGGUGUGAAUUCAUCAAAUGCAUAUCAGGUCUAUCCUCAAAGCUCUGACACUGUUAACAGUUUACAGACACCGAUCUCUACUCCAAAGCAGCAACACUCUGGGUCUCAACAGCAUUCAGGACAUGACCAUGGGUCGCAGGGACACCCAGCUGGUUCUACACCACAACAGUCUGGUGGACAAUCAUGGCAACAACAGUCAUAUCCACAAGGAAUGCAGUGGCAACAGCCACCCGGUCCACAAUCAUUCAAUCAGCAAACUCAGCAGCAACAAACAAAUGUACCAAAGCCUGAUGUUGUACCCCAAUCUCAAUCCCAACAAUACAGUAACCAGCCACAAUCAUCUAAACAUUAUUCUCAGUCUCAAUCUGCAAGUAAUCAACACCCAGUCAACACAGUUUUUAAUCAACAGCCAAGUUAUGAUCCCCACCAAGCAAGAUUCCAGCAACCACAAGAACUACAGAACUAUUCUCAGUUGCCUGGCAGGAUUCCACCACAUCAAGGAUCUACAGAGGGGCAGACACUUCAGCAACCACAAGGUCCUGUGUUUCAACAAAAUCCACAAGGUUCUGCAUUACAGCACCCGCAACAAGGAUCCAUGUCACAACAACCACAGCAAGGUCCUGUUUUACACCAUACUCCACAAGGAACUGUGUUGCAACAACCAUCACAUGACCCUGCGUUGCAACAAGGAUCUGGGAAACAUACACAACAGCAAAGAUAUACAGUGCAACAACCCCCUCACAGACCUAACACCAUGCAGGUUUUCAACAUCAAAGACAAAAUAUACAGCAGCCUCAGGCACCUGGAUUCCCCCAACAAAGUGUCUCUCAGUCCCAGCCUCAGCAGCCUCAGGCAUCAAGAUUCCCCCAACAAGGUGCCCCUCAGUUCCAAACUCAGCAGCCUCAGGCAUCUGGCUUCCCGCAACAAAAUGUCUCUCAGUUCCAGCCUCAGCAGCCUCAGGCACCUGGAUUCCCCCAACAAGGUACCCCUCAGUUCCAAACUCAGCAGCCUCAGGCAUGUGGCUUCCCUCAACAAGGUGGUGGUCACCAGUCACAAACCCAGCAGCCUCAAACACAAGGCUUCCCACAACAAGGUUUCCCUCAGUCCCAGCCUCAGCCUCAGGCACCUGUUCCCACAACAAGGUGUUCCCCAGUCCCAGCCUCAGCAGUCUCAAACACAAAGCUUCCCACAACAAGGUUUCCCUCAGUCCCAGCCUCAGCCUCAGGCACCUGGCUUCCCACAACAAGGUGUUCCCCAGUCCCAGCCUCAGCAGUCUCCUCAGCACAGACCAUUUCAACCAGUGGCUAUAGUUAGGCCAUCACAACAAGGUUCGCCACAGCAUAUCUCUCAACCAAUGACCUCACAAGCCUAUGGGCAACAACAAUGGCAACAACCUCAGCAAGGACAAGUGCAGUCUCAAGCACAUCCUCAGCAACAGUGGCCACAGACAUCACAACCCCAGCAGCAUUGGGACCAGUCACAGCAGUGGUCAGCAUCCACAGGUCAACAGCAGCCUCCACUUCAACAACAACCUUCAUCUCAACAACCCGCUCUGCAACAACAACCUUCAUCUCAACAACCAGCUCUGCAACAACAACCUUCAUCUCAACAGCCAGCUCUGCAACAACAAUCUUCAUCUCAACAACAACAGCAGCAGUAUUACGGUCAGCCACAACAAUACCAGUCCCCUACUCAUUCAGCAUACCAGCAACAACAAAGUUAUGUCAGGCAACCCCAACAGAGCUCGUAUCAGCCAAGUGGUACACAAACUCUUCAGCAAAACACCUACCCUCAACAGCCUCAGCAGUUCCAACAGCCACUCCCUCACCAAGGUGCUUACUACCAGCAAUCACAGUCUGUUCCAGACUUUGCAAAAGAGCAGGAAAAACUACCACAACCUUCAAUCCAACCUAUCAAAGCAGACAGUGUACCAAAGCCAAAGACAGAUCUCCUCUCGUCUAGCCCUGAUGGACCGGGCCACUCAUCAAACCAGACACCCGUUCUAGCUCCAAACUCAAUCCAACAGGAUCCCAUCCUACGAACCAUUGAGAAACCUAACCAAGCAGUCACCCCAAAGACAGAUCCUUAUGAAAACAAAGAGGUUCUGGAAAGGUUCACAGAAGAAGUUGAGAAAUUUGAUAAAUAUGUAGAAAGUCUAAGUAAGCACACUCUCAGUGGACCUACCAUAUUGGAUCGGGAAUGGAAGGAAUUGUCAGAUUGUCAACAGAAAGAAACUAAACAAUAUUCGAUUUCUAUUGCUAGAUGUUACUCUAUGAAAAAUAGGUACCCAGAUAUCAUGCCAUUUGAUCAUUGCAGGACAACUCUGUCUUCUUCUAAAGAUGAUUACAUCAAUGCCAGUCCAUUGGUUGGAAUUACACCGACUGCUGCACCAUUCAUUGUCACACAAGCACCGCUUCCAGUGACCUUCAAUGACUUCUGGAUAAUGGUUUAUGAGCAACAGAUUUCAGUUAUAGCCAUGCUGCUUUCAGAUAGCGAAGCAGGAAAGACUUACCAUGUAUACUGGCCAAGUGAGCGUGGUCAGACUAUGACAUGUGGUACUCUAUUGCUUAAUCUUCAAAGUGUCCGAACAUCAACUUUCUGUACCGAGAGGAGAAUUAAUAUUACGCAUAAAGAAGACAGACAAAGUCGAUCUAUUAUACAUUUACAAUUUACAGGGUGGCCGGAACAUGGUGUACCGGACAAUCCCAAUGGUCUGAUAACUUUUAUUACAGAAGUACAGAAUUAUUACCAAGUACAAAGAAGUCUAAAAAUUCCAAUUGUUGUGCAUUGCACCGGCGGUAUUGAUAGAUCGGCGGUAUUUUGUCUGGUUUAUUCUGCUGUGACUGAGAUUCUAGCUGGCAAUGGAAUUGUGAAUAUUCCUAAAUUAAUUCGAUAUAUGAGGAAUCAAAGAAAAUAUAUGGUGCAGGAAAAGGAUCAGUAUAAGUUCUGCUAUGAUGCUGUUUUAUUCUACUGUGAAAGACAACUGGCAAAACGGGGGAUAUUUUUAAGAAAGCCAGCCACUCCUGGUAUUGAUCCCCAGGUGCAUGCUAGGAACUCGUUUGAUUUCAUCAUGGGCACCAGUUCAUUGCAAGAUAUACAGUCAAAGAUAUCGCAGAUGACAGUCAAACCAAAACCGGAAAUAACCAACGACAAUCAAGAUAUGCAACAGCCUGUAACCUAUCAAAAUGAAGAGCUGGGUCAUGUGACUGAAAUAACCAAUCAGAUGGUUGAUAUUCAAAGUGAUCACAUGAUGCAUACCCACCUAUCGCGUACAAAUUCACAAGACUCUCAUAGCAGCCAUGGUAAUGCUAGUUUCCCACCUUCACCAGCGCACAACCCAUGUUCAGCACAGCAGCUUAACCCAAACCUUGGAAGACAUGAUUCCUUAGAGUCCCUGUCCAGUAACUCAUCUCUAUUGUCUGGUACUGCCCAGCAACUUGGUACCAUCAACGAAACAUUACAGAAUCAGAACGGUCAGUCACUGGUUUCUGAGGCACCAUCAACUCUAUUGGCGACUCUGGAUCCAACAACAUUCACCCUCAACACCAGUCCAAAACAUCAACCCAGAGUCUCUAAAGCUUCUUUUGAUGAAAGAAAGGAUUCACUUGGUACAGAGAAAGACCCGGCUGAUCCAUUAAGUUUACUGGACCCGUUGUGGACUAUGAAAGAUAAAGCAAAAUAA